AUGGCGCGGGCGCGGGUCAUCAGCGCGCUCGCGCUGCUCUUCGUCCUCGCGAUCGCGACCGUCGUCGCCGCGGACGAGUCAUGCGACGCGACGCGCGGAAGCUGCGCCGCCGACGCCGCGCCGGAGGAGUCCCCCGCGGACGUCGCGAAAUUGCGAGGCCUCCCGCUCGUGCUGUGGCUGAACCUCGACGCGGACGCGGACCGACGAGGACACAUGGAGCGAAUGUUCGAUCGCUGGAACGUGACGAACCACGUCCGCGUCCGCGGACACGACGCGCGGCGCGUGGACGUGACGACGCUUCUCCACGGCGGCGCGGCGGCGCACCCUGGCGAGAUCGGCUGCACGGUAUCGCACCUCAAAGCGCUGCGAUACUUCGUGACGCGCACGGACGAGGACGUCGCGCUGAUAAUGGAGGACGACGCGGAUAUCGAGCAGGCGUCGCACUGGAGCUUCGCGUGGGAGGAGUUCUUUGACGCGCUGCCGGUCGACUACGACACCGUCCAGCUGUCGCUCAUCAACACGCAGAGGGUGCACGUCAGUUUGCACCCGCGGUUCUCCAACGACUACGGCGCCGCCGCGUAUCUGGUGACGCGUCACCACGCGACGAAACUCCUCAGACAGCACGUCGUGAGCGACGACGCGGUAGAUUCCGACGACGGGGUGAAGUACAGGCUCGAUAACUCGGCCACCGGGCGCGCGACCUCGGAGGAGAUACUUUUCCACGCCGGCCGCGGGUACGCCGUCGCCGUUUUCAAUUAUAGGUAUCGAGGGAUGCGGACGACCAUUCAUCAGCACGAAGGGGAAAGCUUGGAGAGAGAUCACGAUCUCAUACAACAACGGUCGAGCAAGCCCGUCAGGGAGUUCUGGGAACAGCACGGCUCGACGACGACGCUCUCGGUCCUGAUGCGCUUC